AUCAAAGCGCGACUUCUAUGGCCGCGGGGAAACUUGGAGACUAGAAACAGCAACGAGGAUUGUAUGAAAGCUAAGAAAAACAACAGCGGAGUUCCUGGAUUAUUUCUCACUGUGAGCUGCGAAUAUGAGUACACAGUACAGCAUUCUUUUCAAGCAGGAACAUGCCCAUGAAGAUGCAAUAUGGUCAGUAGGAUGGGGGAAAAACUCAAAUGAUGGGUCAGAGCUGGUGAUCAGUGGUUCCCUGGAUGAUUUGGUCAAGGUGUGGAAAUGGUCUGAUGAACGGUUGGAGCUACAGUCUACACUGGAAGGCCAUCAGCUAGGUGUGGUGUCAGUGGAUGUCAGCCCUAGUGGGAACAUAAUGGCUUCCAGUUCCUUAGAUGCUCACAUUCGCCUGUGGGAUCUUGAGAGUGGGAAGCAGAUCCGCGCCAUUGAUGCAGGACCAGUGGAUGCUUGGUCUGUAGCUUUUUCUCCUGACUCCCAACACCUUGCAACUGGAAGCCAUGUGGGAAAAGUAAACAUCUUUGGUGUGGAGACAGGGAAGAAGGAAUAUUCACUGGAUACAAGAGGGAAAUUUAUCCUCAGCAUUGCAUAUAGCCCAGAUGGGAAAUACUUAGCUAGCGGAGCCAUUGAUGGAAUCAUAAACAUAUUUGAUAUUGCUACAGGGAAACUCCUCCACACGUUGGAAGGACACGCCAUGCCUAUUAGAUCCCUGACUUUCUCCCCUGAUUCCCAGCUGCUGGUUACUGCAUCAGAUGAUGGAUAUAUCAAGAUUUAUGAAGUACAACAUGCCAGUUUGGCUGCCACCUUGAGUGGGCAUGGCUCCUGGGUGCUGAAUGUGGCAUUCUCUCCAGAUGAUACUCAUUUUGUUUCCAGCUCUUCUGAUAAAAGUGUAAAGGUCUGGGAUGUAUCUGCCAGAACAUGUGUGCACACCUUCCUAGAUCACCAAGACCAGGUUUGGGGCGUAAAAUACAACAAGAAUGGAUCCAAAAUUGUCUCUGUCGCCGAUGAUCAGGAAAUUCACGUGUAUGAUUGUCCUAUUUGAUACUCGUGCUCCAAAGGAGGAGAUUUGCGCACACACUUUCCUCUUUAAGAGACACUUUUACUUAUCAAACUGUAUGUUGCUGUUAAGCAACAGGUGCCCUCAUAAGCAAGUUAUGUCAUUUUUCUUUGCACCUUUAAAGUGUUACAGCUAUGCUUGUGUAAAUAUAAUUUCUGCAUUAAAGCAGAAUAUAUCACUAACAAUUUGACCAUAGUUUAUCCAAAUAAAUCUGGAUUU